GUGCAUUUGUAUUGAAAGUCGUCAGACCGUAAAAAGAGGAGGGUCCCGGCGUGUGCCUUCAUUAAGGAGGGGCAAAGCGCGCAGAAUGAUAAAAAAGCAGGUACAUCUGCUAACCAAUCUGUAUCCCUCCCAAUAUUUUCCUCCGAAACUCGGUGCUUGCAUCCACCCCCUAGCAAAUCCACCGGGAUCUUGGUGCCAUCUGAUUGGCCGCGGAUAUGGAAACAAGGGGCGAGAACAAUGGCAUCAUUGCCCCUUAAAAAGAGUGCAGCUAUGCCUUAGAGACGAAAGCAUUUCGGGAACGGAAAGAUCAAUAGCAGGGAAAUACUCAAGGAAUUACAGUUCCCGUCUCUGUUAGCCAUUUCUUGGCUACGACUGGAUUUUUAAACCGUGUUUUUCUUCGAGUGUAAUUUUUUUAUUUUGUAAGUGCCUUCAGUUCUUCGCCAAGAUGCCCAAAGGUUUUCUAGUGAAAAGAAACAAGAAAUCUACACCCGUCUCUUACAGGGUCCGCAGUGACGAGGAAGACUCGGAUCCGUUGAAGGCUUUGCACAACUCGAGCUCAUCUUCUGCUUCUCCACCAGUAUCGGCGUCGUCCAGCCCGGACCGCGCUGCAGCAUCACCGCACAAUACCUCCUCUUCCUCUGAUGGGCAGGAUACUAGACCCGUGCAAUUCGGCAAUCCGGAGACGGUGUACCAGGCACUCUACAGCCCCACCCGUCCCAUCAGCAAGGAGCACGAGAGGAAAUUUUUUGAGAGAAGUUUUAACCUGGGAUCCCCAAUCUCAGCUGAAUCCUUUCCGACUCCGGCUGUUCUUACCACCCUUGACCAGCUCCUGUUUGCUCCAGUGGAUUUGAAAAUCGGCUCCAGUAACAGCAGCUGUAGCAGUGUGACAGCAGUCCUCCCGGCGGCUGUGAGAAGUGCUCACAAGAGAGCCCCACAAGAGUCUGAGCGCAAAAGCAAAGCGGCGGCUAAGAAACCCAAAGCUAUCAGGAAACUUAAUUUCGAAGACGAGGUCACCACGUCUCCAGUUUUAGGCCUGAAGAUAAAAGAAGGACCAGUUGAUCUGAAGCCUAGAACAGUUUCAUCCGGCGGCAACAAACCUCUGGGGGAAUUCAUCUGCCAGCUGUGCAAAGAGGAAUACGCGGACCCCUUCGCUUUAGCUCAGCACAAGUGCUCCAGGAUAGUGCGGGUGGAGUACAGAUGCCCUGAAUGCGACAAAGUCUUCAGUUGCCCUGCUAAUCUGGCAUCCCACCGGCGGUGGCACAAGCCAAGACCCCAGAACCCCAACGCCGGACCAGUCGUUCCCGGCGCCAAGUCAGAAAGCGUCAAGCCUCCUUCGGGAGAUCUGAAAGACAAGACAACUGAGGAGCUAAAGGACCCGAGGGGCGAGGCAGCGAGCGAUCGCGACACCCCCAGCCCGGGGUUAUCAGAGUCAGGCUCUGAGGAUGGUCUCUACGACUGCCAACACUGCGGUAAGCGCUUCAAGCGCCAGGCUUACCUGAGGAAACACCUGCUGAGCCACGCCGGCGCAUCCAGCAAGGCGACCGGCGACGAGCAGCUCCUGUACUCCGCGGCUUUUGCUAACAGCCAAGAGAGCGAGAAACCACCCCACGCGGAGAGCCACAGCCCUGCGCCUUUAAAUCUUAGUCCCCUGGAGUGCCACUUGUGCCCCGUUUGUGGCGAAACCUUCCCCAACAGGUCGGCUCAGGAGCGCCACCUUCGUCUGCUGCACUCCUCCCAGGUUUUUCCGUGCAAGUACUGCCCAGCUACUUUCUACAGCUCUCCGGGACUGACAAGGCACAUCAACAAAUGUCACCCCUCCGAAAACCGGCAGGUGAUCUUGCUGCAGAUGCCUGUGCGCCCGGCGUGCUGAGACGCCCAAAGUUGUGCCUUAAAAAAAAAAAAA